CAGGCGCAGCAGCAGGCUUCCCCCGUCCGAGAGAGCACGGAGACUCCACCGAGUGAUGCCACUACUGCAGCAAGAAAAGCACCCAGCAACCGCGCAUAUUCUCGACGCCUGCCGGAGGACCCGACUCCACAGUCUCGGCCCUUGACAGAAGAGAGAGCCCCCCCACUCCCCCUCGGCUCCGUUCCCGUCCCGACUCCAGGAUGUCCGACAGCAACGCAAGUCCCGCCGACCGGGUGAUCAAAUCGGUCCCCUUCCCCCUGGCCCACCGGCUUACCAUGAAGGAGGUGUUUGACGCUGAAGGCCGGCCGCGGGUGGACCUGCUCAAAGCUCACCUCACCAAGGAGGGCCGACUGGAGGAGGCCGUGGCCCUGCGCAUCAUCGAUGAGGGCGCCGCUAUCCUGCGCCAGGAGCGCACUAUGUUGGACAUUGAGGCGCCAGUCACGGUGUGUGGAGAUAUCCAUGGCCAGUUCUUCGACCUGAUGAAGCUGUUUGAAGUGGGAGGUUCUCCUGCCAACACACGCUACCUCUUCCUAGGGGACUAUGUGGACAGGGGCUACUUCAGUAUCGAGUGUGUGCUAUACCUGUGGUCACUGAAAAUCCUCUACCCAAAGACGCUCUUUCUUCUACGGGGAAACCAUGAAUGUAGACAUCUGACAGAAUAUUUCACCUUCAAACAAGAAUGUAAGAUCAAGUAUUCAGAGCAGGUGUAUGACUCCUGCAUGGAGGCGUUUGAUUGCCUGCCCCUGGCAGCCCUGAUGAACCAGCAGUUCCUGUGUGUGCACGGAGGGCUUUCACCGGAGAUUCACACGCUGGACGACAUCAAGAAGUUGGACCGGUUCAAGGAGCCCCCAGCAUUUGGGCCCAUGUGCGACCUGCUGUGGGCCGACCCCCUGGAAGACUUUGGCAAUGAGAAGACCCAGGAGUACUUUGGCCACAACACAGUCAGAGGCUGCUCCUAUUUCUACAGUUACCCAGCAGUGUGUGAGUUCCUACAGACCAACAACCUGCUGUCAAUCAUCAGAGCGCAUGAAGCACAGGAUGCUGGGUACCGUAUGUACAGGAAGAGUCAGACUACAGGUUUCCCCUCCCUCAUCACAAUCUUCUCCGCUCCAAACUACCUGGAUGUCUACAAUAACAAAGCUGCGGUGCUGAAGUAUGAGAACAACGUGAUGAACAUCCGUCAGUUCAACUGCUCUCCUCACCCCUACUGGCUGCCCAACUUUAUGGACGUCUUCACCUGGUCACUGCCUUUCGUGGGAGAAAAGGUAACUGAGAUGCUGGUCAAUGUCCUGAGUAUCUGCUCUGACGACGAGCUCAUGAAUGACGGAGAGGAGAUCUUCGAUGCCAGUGCAGCAGCAGCCAGGAAAGAGGUGAUCAAAAACAAGAUUCGAGCCAUUGGGAAGAUGGCUAAAAUGUUCUCUGUUCUACGGGAGGAGAGUGAGAACGUGUUGACCCUGAAGGGACUGACCCCUACAGGCAUGCUGCCCAGCGGAGUGCUGUCUGGGGGCAAACAGACCUUGCAGAGCGCUACCAUUGAGGCCAUUGAAGCCAUCGAGACAGUUAAGGACGCUGAAGCCAUCCGAGGCUUCUCCCCGCAGCAUCGGAUCAGCAGUUUCGAGGAGGCCAAAGGUCUGGAUCGGAUCAACGAGAGGAUGCCUCCGCGACGCGAUGCCGUCAACAGUGUGGGCCUGUCAAUGGGCCGCAUGAACAUGGGAGAGCCCAAUGGGACCGACAGCAACAGCAAUAUACAGUGAUGGACAUACCCUCCCACAUGCCCAGACACAUACCUGCAGUUACAACAACUCUCAUAUGGUACCAUAUUUAUAGAUACUUGUACAUAGGCAUAUAUACACAAGAAAAUGCACCACACAAACAUAGUAUUACAUACACUGAAUGGGCUACAUCACACACACAUGCAAUCUCUCACACACACACACACACACACACACACACACACACACACACACACGAUUAUCUACCCCAUUCCCGUUGCCCUCAGCUGUAUGUAAAGGCAUGAGCGUACCCGGACUAUACCACCAAAGGCUGAGUCUCUUCACUGAACUGAUGGGCCCUAUAUAAAGAACUACAACUCCCAUGUACCUGCACAACAACAGGAAAGAAACAACAAAAACACUCCCCAUGCAAAACAGGAGGAGCUGCUGUUCACCAUGUAUGUUGGGGAUCAACAGUGGGUUGACAGUGUCAGCAUGACAUGGCUGUCCGUGGUGUGUGCUGUGUCAGGCGGGGUCAAGAGUUUGCACGGAAGAUGGGGGUGGCAAUCAGGGGCGGGGGCGUUAAAGAUAUGUAUGCUUCUUUUUCCUGUUUGCAAACAGAGAGUGGAACCAAACUUGCGAUAGGUUGAUUUUAUAGAGUCGUGGAUAUGCCUGCCUGCGUGUGUGCACAUGCUUCAACAUGUAAAUGUCCGUGCAGUUAUAUUUGAAUAUGUGUUUGCAAACACGAGCUGAUCUCGUCAUCAGCCAGCGAGAAAAUUUUUGAUGUGUGGUGUGGUAUCUGUUGCCGAGAGAUGUGUGGAGAUAAUCUCAGCUGCAGUCUAAUCUGAGCCCUCGCUGUCCUUUUCUUCUCGGGAGGAGAUUCCCGUUUGCUUUUGUAGCACUACACUGUAACCAUCCUCUACUUGAAGUCAAGUGGAGUCUGUCCCCCCCCCCCCCCCCCUUCGUUGCCCUCCCAAAAAAAUAUUAAAAAACAAAAAACUCUGGUCCCAGGCCAGUUAGCUCUCUGCAAAGGCUUGAAACUGGGCCAGGAUCAGAUGUGAAACAAGUGUUUCUCCCCACCUGUUGUGUGUAAAUAGGUUACAUAAAGAGGUUUUAUUGCACAUGUGAUGAACACGGUCAUGAGAUGCAAGAUGCAGUAUAGCGAACGUAGGAUGCUUUAUGGAUGAGAGGGAGCCGGGGGGAGUUGAAAUGUGAAGUCAUACUCUAUUCAUUCUCUUUCUACAUCCUCCUUUCUUCCCGUGUUGCUGUCUGCUACCACACAGCAGUGAUGGCCGGGAAAUCUCCGGCCUAAAAAGCAGGAAAUAAUAUUUCACAAAGGAAACAGACUCUUCUGGUUAAGGCAGCAGCCAAGACGACAAGAAGAAGUCACAAGAAAAGGUCUUUGUAAAGCAUUUAUAUUAACGCAUCAGUGCAUGCAGAGUUAAGUUCUUUGAUAAUAAUGUGAAGAUUAUAUUUGUGCUCUGUGUUUCACUAUGGUAGGAUUUUUUUUUUCUUUUUGUUUUUUUCUGGCUAAUAUAAAUGAACUGAGGAAUAAUAAAUAAUUUAUUUUGUACAUAAUGUUAAUUUAUUUUUUGUAUUCAUUUUGUGUUAUAUUUUGUUGGGUUUUUUUCAUGUUUUUUUUUUCUUUUUCUUUUUCACAACCUGUGUUUCUGGUUUCUUUCGAUGCUGUACAGAAUGACAGUACGCUUCUAUUCAAAGUGUCAAGUCCACGUUCUCUCCUCUCUUCUUUGUCGGUGUACAGGAGUUGUUUUUAACGAUAAAUAUGAAUAACGAUAAACAAAUAUUAAAUUAGCAUUGAUGAAUGACCAUACUAUAUACAGAGGCACAGGCAUUCAGGCAGCCAAAAGCAUGAUUGCAUGGUUAAAAUUUGCGCUGUUUAAAGCAAAAAGCAGAAAGACACAUUUUAACAGAAGAGCCGGUGUGUUGCUGUCACAAUUUAAAGGAAAAAAGUGUACUCUCUCUCUGAUCAUAAUUCUUGAUGAUUCCUCUUGUUAUUUGAUGAUAUUUAUGAUUCUAUGAUUAUUAUGAUUCUAUUUAUUAUGGACAUUAUUCUUAAUAUUUAAGCUCUCUCUCUCUGCUGGUUGCUCUUCAUGUUGCGUUGCUCCUUGGUUGAUCUUGUUGUGCUUCUUUGGGAGAGGUGAACCCCCCUGGGAGACCCUGUGCCAUAGAAAUUGUGCCACGGUUCUUACUUUCUUUCUCUCUGUCUCUCUCUCUCACUCUUUCUCAAUCUCUCGCUCUCUCUUUCUGCUCUCUUUCUGUUUUGACUCCCCAGUCACUAACACUGUAAGCAUGCCCCAUGGGACGAUCCACUUUUUUACUCUUGAAUAAAAUAUGCAUGAACC